UGGAAACGCGACUUAAUAAAAGUGACACAUUUGCAAAGAUCCGUGACCCACGAGGCCACUAACAGAGCUUCAAAAAGUUUAAAAAUAGUAAAAUAGUUGGUAAUGAAGUGCCGAACAGUUUAUUUUGAAUUGCAGUUCGAAAAUUGUUUAUACAUAAAUUUCUGUUGUUAAAAUAGGAAUUGGAUUCUUAUAUCUUAGUCACGAUAAUCUAGAAAUAUGGCUUCAAAAGUAACACUGUCCCAGGCUCUGGGUACAGAUGGAAGUGAUUUUAAUCAUAGACAAAAAAUUGCUAGUCACUAUCAGAUCAGCGCAACAAACAAAUCAAGACUGAAAUAUUGUAUAUUUUUUCAUUAUCUUCUUUUCUUCGUUAUGCUUGCCAAGUUGUCAGCUGAUAUUUUAGACCAUUUGGAUAUAUUCAUCUUGGAGAUUGAAGAAUUACAAGUACCUCAGCCUUUGUGGUGGGAAUAUAUUUGGUGUACGAGUUUGAUGUUGAGUUUCCUUGCUUUAUCUGCCAUUAAAAGAAAUAGAAUUAAAACAUUACAACAAUACAUGAUCGGCAUAAUCCUACUAGGAUACGGUCCAUUACUUUAUGCAGUUAUAUAUUAUUUCAAGGAUGUUUGGAAAUAUUUAACUGUUGGCAAAACAGAUGAGGUUCAUUUUUGGCAGGAUCUACCAUAUGGGUUAUUAUGGUAUGCAUUUAUUCUCUUAGCAUCUCAAGUUCAUUCUUUUUCUUUGUUUUUUUCCUGGAAUCUUUUGGUGGCUUGGAAAACACGGGGAAGUAAAAGAGCUGAUUAAUUUAACAAUAAAACUCAUUGAAAUCAAGCAUAUCUGUGAGCAUUAUUGAUAUAUACAAUGAUAUAUACAUAUAUGUACUAUUAACUCUGAAAUUAAAACUAUGAAAAUAUUGUUAAUGUGUAAAUAU